GUUCUCCGCCGCUUACUGGAUCGGGCAUCGUUAGGAUCGUCGUGCUGGACGUCAACGAUCACAGUCCGGAAUUCACGAGGCAGGAAUACAAGGCGACGGUCACCGAGCACUCGGCUUCCGGUACGUGGGUCGCCAAGGUCCACGCCACGGACAAAGACGAGGGCCUCAACGCGAAAAUCAGGUAUAGCUUGGUGAGAGAAAACCUGGAACGGUUUAGCGCGGACCCUGACACGGGAGAAGUGUUCACGCUGGUACCCCUGGAUCGAGAAGAAACGGCGGUGUACCAUCUGACCUUGGUGGCUCAGGACUCCAGCCCUACGGAACCGCGAGCCUCGGUCGUGAAUCUGACCAUCCUCGUGAAGGAUGUGAACGACAACGAUCCCAGGUUCUCCAGUUCCAUAUACACGGCGUAUGUGCCGGGUGCUACCAAACCAGGUGAUUUCGUAUUCGGCGCGAAAGCCGUGGACGACGACGACGGCGAGAACUCUCGGAUCGUCUAUCGUCUCCAGGGAAUGGACGCCGAGAGAUUCGCGAUCGACUCGAACAGCGGCGUGAUAAGAGCGACGCAGGAGUUGGCCAACGACGGGACCACGUACCACCUGCAAAUACAGGCGUCCGAUUGCGGCGCGAUACCCCGAUCCAACACCGCGGACUUGGUGAUACAUCUGAGGGAGAGGCAGCUGUUCCCCAGCUUUUGUCGAACCAUGAACACGACGUUCACGCUGCCCGAGGACGUGACCGAGGGCAGACCCAUCACUACCCUGAACGCUACCACGCCGAAACACGGCGCUGCGAGCAAUCUAGUCUACGGAAUGGCUGGCGGAAACGUCGGGGACGCGCUCAAGAUCGAUCCUCACACCGGAGAGGUAUCAGUCGCGGCCGGCUUCGAUUACGAGACCGCGCCGUACUACGAAGCUUGGAUCGAGGUGCGCGAUUCGGACAUUCCACCUCUGAGAAGCGUCGUUCAGCUCCUCGUCAACGUCACCGACGCCAACGACAACGCGCCCAUCAUGGAAGCCUCCAUCUACAACGCCACGGUUCCCGAGAACGAAGAUCCACCUUUGUUCGUCGCCAAAGUAUACGCCAAGGAUCGCGACUCUGGCGAAAACGGGCAGGUGUCUUACUAUUUGGUGAACGACUUCACGGAGACGUUCAUCAUCGACUCGGACACGGGGAAUAUUAGCACGAAUGCGAUGCUGGAUCGCGAGGAGAUCGCUUCCUACGAGUUGGUAGUGGAGGCUCGCGACCACGGUCAACCACCCCUGACAGGCACGGCUACCGUACUGGUCACCGUCCUGGACAAGAACGACAACCCGCCUCAUUUCACGCGGCUGUUCAGCGUCAACGUGACGGAGAACGCGGAAAUCGGCACGUUCGUCAUCAGGAUAACCACCAGCGACCGUGACAUCGGCCAGAACGCCAACGUCACUUACAGUUUCACCGACAAUCCUGGUAUGAAGUUCUCCAUCGACGCUCUGAGCGGCAACGUAACCGUGGCUGGACACUUGGAUAGGGAGGAGCAGGACGAGUACUUGCUGAAGGUGAAGGCAGAAGGCGGAGCGUGGCAAACAGAAACCGCUUUGACUAUAACCAUCCAAGACCAAAACGAUAACGCGCCUGAAUUCGAAGAGAACUCGUACCACUUCCACUUCCCAGAGCUGCAGCCAGCCGUGGCACACGUUGGCCAAGUGACCGCGAUCGAUCGCGACAAGCAGGGACCGAACUCGGUGAUAUUCUACAGCCUGCUGCAGCCCUCCGACCUGUUCACCGUGGACCCAGCUACGGGCGACGUGUUCAGCAAGAAGACCCUGCGUUACAAGCACACCCAUCGGCCCUCCUCGCCAGAGAAUCUGUACUCCCUGACGGUGGUCGCCACCGACAACGGCAAGCCGCCCAUGUCGUCCAAGACCGUGAUCUACGUAGGUGUCGUGGACGCCAACAACAACCCUCCGAAGUUCGAGCAACGAUCCUACCUCUACCCUGUCCCCGAGAAGUACGGAGUCGGUAAACGCGUGAUACAGCUAGUGGCCAAAGACGAGGCCGACUUUGGCGUAAACGCCGAGAUCAGCUACCACUUGGCGAACGUAAACGGAAGCAAGUACUUCUCCAUCGACGAAACCACGGGAUGGAUCUACGUUCGCAAGAGUCUGGCCAACGUCGCGGUCGGGACGACGUUCCUGCUGACCGCUCGGGCGAUCGACAAGGGCGUGCCACCUCAGAAGGACGAGGUUUCGUUGAGCUUGGUGAUAUCCGGGGAGAACAAACACUCUCCUACCUUCGCCGCGGUUAGCUACCAAGUUCGUGUGCCCGAGAACGAGCCUGUAAACACCACCAUCCUGACAGUCAGCGCCACCGAUGGCGAUCACGGCCCUAACGGAAUGAUCAGGUACAAGAUCUCCGCUGGAAACGAGAGGAACGAAUUCUUCGUUCAUUACAUAACCGGGGCGGUGACCAUACUCGAGCCCCUGGAUUACGACCUGGUGCAGGAGUACAGGCUGAACAUCACCGCCACGGAUCUGGGCUUCGAGCCCAAGCAGGCUGUCGCUACCUUGACUGUGAACGUGUCCGACAUCAACGACAAUCCCCCGACGUUCGACAAGAAAGUCUACGAAGCCUUCUUGCCCGAGAACUCGCCGCCAGAUAGCUUCGUCUACAAGGUGAUCGCUCAGGACAUUGACUCUCCCAAAUACGCCGUGGUGCAGUACAAUAUCCUAGGUGGAACAGGCAAGGAGCACUUCCGUAUUCGCGAGGACACAGGCGAAAUCUACUCCCUGAUCAGCUUCGAUUACGAGGAGGCCAACGAGUACACGCUGGACAUAGUCGCCGCGAAUCCCGACUCGAACCCUCAGAUGGUCGGUUUCACGACGGUCCAGGUGCACAUCACGGGCGUCAACGAGUAUUACCCCAAGUUCAUUCAGCCGGUGUUCCACAUGGACGUGUCGGAGAGCGCCGAAGUGGGCACCUCCGUCGGCCUGGUCCAGGCUACCGACCAGGACGCCGGAGAGGACGGACGAGUUUACUAUCUCUUCGUCGGUUCGUCCAACGAUCGCGGCUUCUCCAUCGGCUCGGAGACAGGAAUAAUUCGCGUGUCGCGCAGGCUGGAUCGCGAAACGCAGAACAGAGUGGUGCUGACGGUGAUGACGAAGAACGGGGGCGGGAUACGCGGCAACGACACCGACGAGGCCCAAGUUAUAGUGUCGAUCCAGGACGGGAACGAUCCACCGGAGUUCUUGCAGAGCGCUUACGACGCCACGAUCUCUGAAGGCGCCGCUCACGGGACUCGCGUGCUCACCGUGAGGGCCGUCGACAAGGACAUCAGACCGCAGAACAACCAGUUCUCUUACUCGAUCAUCGGCGGUAACAUCGGUCAGGCGUUCAAAGUCGAUCCGCAGACAGGUGACAUCGAGACCGCCAAGCAGCUGGACCGCGAAACGAUUCCCGUGUACGAUCUGACGAUCGGCGCCAUCGACACGGGCUCUCCUCCUCAAACUGGCACGGCUGUCGUUCACAUCGAGCUCCUGGACGUGAACGACAACGGCCCCGUCUUCGAUCCACCCGAAGUGAUCGGCUACGUGAACGAAAACGAACCCGCUGGUACUGUUGUGAUGACCCUCAGCGCCACCGAUCCCGAUCUCCCGCCAAACGGAGCACCCUUCUCGUACAGGCUGGUCGGUGCCAGGCAGGGCGACGUCGUCACCCUGGACAAACACACCGGUGUCCUGAGGACCACCAGGAGCUUGGACAGGGAGGCUAUGCCUCAACUGGAUCUCGUGAUCGAAGUAGAGGACUCGGGAGUGCCGCGAAUGAGAAGCGAGCAUACGAUAACCGUGAUCGUUACGGACCAGAACGACAGCCCAUCGUCGCCCAGAUCGGUGCACGUGAUAGUUCAUUCCUUCAACGAGCAGAUCCCACUGGGUAAGAUCGCCGACGUACACCCCAACGAUCCAGACAUCACUGGCAGCUAUUCCUGCAAGAUACUUCAAGGCGCCAACGCGAAAAUUCUAAGCAUUCCCACCGCCUGUGAUCUUCACACGAGGAAAAUAACUCCAGGAAUCGGCUACUCCCUGAGCGUUUCUGGCAACGACGGUCGACACCCUAACGUUGUAUCGAAAGUCACCGUGGAGUUCCUCGUCUUCACCAACACCACCAUCGAGAACAGCGUGACUCUGCAAGUCUCCAAGCUGACCGCGAAAGAUUUUUUAAGCCAAAGCUACCGCGCCCUAUUGGACCUCUUGCAAGAAGUAAUCGACGCGGGGGAUACUCUGAAGAUCUUCAGUCUCGGAGAGAACGCGUCCGACUUGAAUAUUCACCUGGCAGUGGAGUCGCCUCAAGGAUAUCGUAGCAAGUACGAGGUCACCGAAUUACUGAACCGUAAUCGCGACAAAAUUCGAUCGCUCCUGGAUGGAACAACGUUCACGGUCGGUUACUCGCCGUGCAAGCACAUUCCCUGCGAGAACGGUGGCACUUGCAGCGACAAAUUGGUCAUCUACGACGACGCCAGGAUCACAGACAGUCAGGCGUUGAUCCUCACGUCGCCGAGGAUGAUGCACGAGAUGACCUGCAAGUGUCGCGAGGCCUUCACUGGCGAGAGGUGCGAGAGAAGGCAAGACCCUUGCUCUCCGAACCCCUGUCUACUGGGAGGACAAUGUCGUCGAUUGGGGUACGAUUUCCAGUGCACCUGUCCGAUCGAUCGCGAAGGGAAGCUGUGCGAGCUGGAGAGAGGCGAUGCCUGCGCGAGCAAUCCGUGCCGGAACGGUGGCUCGUGCAGAAAGAGCCCCGACAGCUUCAGUUUCUUCUGCCUGUGUCGCGCUGGCUACAGAGGAAACCACUGCGAGGCGGUCACCGAUUCCUGCAGACCGAAUCCUUGCCUGUACGGAGGAUUGUGCGUGGGAGAGAAACCUGGGUACAGAUGCAGCUGCCCCGAAGGUCGGUACGGGAGACACUGCGAGAGAUCGACGUUCGGCUUCGAGGAGUUAUCCUACAUGGCCUUCCCAGCUCUGGACUCGAACACGAACGACAUAACGAUCGUGUUCGCGACAACGAAACCGGACGCACUGUUGCUGUACAACUACGCCCCGCAGGCGGGAGGACGUUCGGACUUCGUGGUGCUAGAGCUGGUGAACGGGAGGGUGGUGUUCUCGUACGGCGGUGCGAGGAGCGCCAUCACGUCGAUCACUAUCAAGACGGAGCUGUCCGUGUCCAACGGGGAAUGGAGGAAAGUGACGGCGACCAGGAACGGAAGGGUCGUGUCUUUGAGCGUUUCCGUGUGCAGGGAACACGGGGACAUUUGCGACGACUGUAGGCCUGGCGAUGGCACCUGCUACGCGGAUGACGUGGGACCAACUGGUACUCUGAAUUUCAACAACAACCCGCUCCUAGUGGGAGGACUCGAGAACGCGGAUCCAGUGCUCGAGAGGCCGGGACAAGUGCACUCGGACGACUUUGUCGGGUGCGUGCAUUCCGUCUCUAUAAACGGCAGAGCCCUGAACUUGUCCAAUCCAUUGGCGUCGCGUGGCGUCAAGUCGACGUGCGCCAGAUCGAACAAGAAUCCCUGUCUAAGGGACGCGAAGGACUCCGUCUCCGUCUGCGGAGCCAACGUCAAGUGCUACGACAAGUGGCACCAAGUCUCCUGCCAGUGCGGUUCCCUGAACGCGCCUAAUUGCGAGGGCGCGCUGGAACCUGUUACCCUGAGCGAUGGCGGUUACGUCGAAUUCAAGAUUUCAGAAAAGCACAGAAGGAUGCAACUGUUGGAAUACUUGUACGGAGGCUCGACGGUGUGGCAGAAGAAUCGAACGACACGAGCCGUCAGCGAGGACACCAACUUCAUAACCACCUCCUCUCUGUUCAAAACAAUGGGGAUAAUAUUCAGAACGGUGAAGCCCGACGGUAUUCUCAUAUACGCGGCGACCAACAAACACUUUACAUCCGUGGAGCUUCGCAACGGGCAACUGUUCUACGCGUCCCUUCUGGGAUCUCCCGUGAACAUGUCCGCGAGCAUCGAAGGAAGCCUAGCGGACGGCCGCUGGCACAACCUGACCCUGCACUCCUACUUCCGAGGGCUGAGGCUGUUCAUCGACGGGAUCCAGACUGGCGAGGAACUCGACUCCGCGGGCGUCCACGAUUUCCUCGACCCGUACCUGUCCGUCUUGUCGAUCGGCGGAGUUAGCCAAGACCUGUACUACACUCACAGCGCUGGCGCUAGGAGUUUCGAGGGUUGUCUGGCUAACUUCACCAUCAACAACGAGAUCCAGCCCUUCAAUGGUUCCGGAUCGAUCUUCAAGGACGUGUUGUACCACGGAAAAGUGAACACCGGGUGUAGAGGACCGAUCGGAAUCAGCGCCGCGGCCACGGCCGAUCCUCUGAGCAUCGGGAUCACUUUGGUCAUAGUUUUCUUCGUGAUCCUAUUGAUAGCGAUUCUAGUUAGCUUCAUCGUGUUCCGUCUGAGACGACAGAACAAGGAGAAGUCCGCGCCGUCGGUGGUCAACAAAAACACCAACGCCAUAAUGACCGGGAACCCGCUGGUGGGGACAGGAAACGACAACCUGAUGUCUCGCCACGAGAACACCUACAUCUCUGACACCUCCGACUUACGCGGAGUGGGGCACAUGGGCCCAGAAUUGAUCUCGAAAAAGUACAAAGAACGGGAGAUCAACUCGACGUCCGAGCAUCGGCCGCAGAGACCCGACAUCAUCGAAAGGGAAGUGACCAAGUCGCCACCCAUCAGGGACGAGCAUCCGCCUCUCCCCCCGCCUGCACAAUCCUCGUUGCACUCCCACGAGCACAAUCCGGAGCCCGACAUGCCCGAGCACUACGAUCUGGAGAACGCGAGCUCCAUCGCUCCCAGCGACAUCGAUAUCGUCUACCACUACAAAGGCUAUCGCGACGGCAUGCGGAAAUACAAAGCCACGCCUCCGCCUAUCAGCAACUACGCCAAUCAUCACAAGCACGCGAGCCAACAGCACAGACACGCUGGACCGUUCCCGCCGCGAGCUCUACCGCCGCCGAAUGUCAGUCAACCGACGGGACCGACCCAGAAGCUGCUCCAGAGCACGCCGUUGGCGAGAUUAUCGCCCAGCAGCGAGCUGUCCGCUCAACAACCGAGAAUACUGACGCUCCACGACAUCAGCGGCAAACCGUUGCAGAGCGCGCUCCUAGCGACCACGUCCUCUUCGGGAGGAGUAGGCAAGGACGCCUUGAACUCCAACAGCGAGAGGAGCUUGAACUCGCCCAUCAUGAGUCAGCUGUCUGGAUCGACGGCCAGUCGGAAGGCGCCCCAAUCGAACAACGAGAACUCGGUGAACAACGUCUCCUCGGGCCCCAUGGGCCUCACUGCAGAGGAGAUCGAGAGACUGAACUCUAGACCGAGGACAUCGAGCCUGGUGUCGACCUUGGACGCCGUGAGCUCGUCCAGCGAAGCCAGAGGACCGCCUACGCACGGUCCUCUGCAUCUUCACAGACGACACACGCCGCCCGUCGAGAGGCUCGAGCGAAGAAACUCGUCGACCACCGACGAAAGUGGCAACGAUAGCUUCACCUGCUCGGAGUACGACAACACCUCCCUGGUGGGAGAUAAACGGUCCGAUAACCCUUUCGCGAAGCAAGACGACGAGGAGGUGAACCAACGGAGCAACGAGUCCUCGCAAACCACGAAACCUCCCCUUCCACCCAACGUCAACUACGACGCGUUCGACAGCUCCUUUCGCGGCUCUCUGAGCACCUUGGUAGCCUCCGACGACGAUCUGUCGACGCACAUGGGAGGACUGUACAGGCCCUCGAACAACGGAUCGCCGUCGACGACCACCACCGCUCUCAGUUGGGACUACCUGCUCAACUGGGGCCUGAACUUCGAUAGCCUGGUCGGUGUGUUCAUCGAUAUCGCUGAACUGCCCGAUAGCGCAAGUCGCGUGCCAAGUACGCUUAGGCUACCAGCCAGCAUACCCAAGCCAUCCGAGGAGUACGUUUGAACGGUGUUUUAGCGUUAGAGAUCAUUCGAAUCGUGGUUCGAGACUUUUUAGGGUGACAGGGUUUCGGGAGACAGAGAACGAAGAGGGAACAGGCAAGUUUGCUAUCUGAAUAAUAGAGAAGGGAGAUAUUGGGAUAUUAAGUUAGAGAAAAUUCAGUGCAGCUGGGUGAUCCGUUCGAGACUCUUUCGUCUAGGUAAACGAAAUCUUUCGGGAGACGGAAACCCCGGAGUAAUUAAUUAGCCCUUGAAAGAAGACGGAGCUACCAAAGGUGCGGGAAAGCUAAACGAUGCGACAGCCUCGAGCGGCCAGUUGAUCACACUCCGACUUGGAUGAUGAACGUCUUCCAACGUCGGUGCAUUAAAAGUGUAUUUAAUCGACCGAAAGAAGACUCGCGAUUCCGUGAGAAACGAUUAAUAGAACUUCGAUUGCCGAUACAGUGACGCGAACCAAUAGACGUUGUUAGACUCGUAAGCGAAUCGUUACGUUCUCCUGUGCGUCCGGGGACCGAGAACGUAACCUGUCUUGCCAUAACGAUAGAACCUUCGAGGACGAUCGGUUUGUCGAAUUCGUUCGCUGCGUCGGAACGAUUGUGCAUUUGUAAAUAAUCCGCGAUUCGUUCGAACGAAACGAGACUCUCGCGAUAGGGAUAAAUCUAAGCGGACUUUUCAUCGAAUCUUAACGAAUUUAUGCCAACAAGUGCUCCCGCGCCGUUCAACCCCCUAUCGCAUGAAUUAUUCAUUCACCUUCCGCGUGAACAAAUCUCUUCGUUAUUUAUGCGUUCGAUCCUCCAAUUAACGCGUUGGCUGGCGAACUAACGAAAAUUACGAACCAGUGGAAAUUUCUACGAAGUUGAAUCGUGUCUCGAGACGUUUGGCUUGGUAUUCAAUUUUUCACCGAUCGAGUUAAUUUAUUUGAUUCGUUAAUGAAAAGCGUUGUAGCUGUACUUUAUUAUAUAAAGAGUACAGGAUGUACAAAUAGCGGUCUAUCCAAAACCCAAUCGUUCGGCUCGUGAAUUGAAUCACCCACCGAACGAGACGUCGAUCGAUAAAACUAUUUUGAAAUCGAAACCAAACGGCUCAAAUACUCUAUUUUCGAUAAAAAUGACACCCAUUUCUGGCUGACGUGGCAACCAACGCGUUAAACGAUGAACGAAAACAAUCGUAUACAUACAAUGCAACGGGGGAGGGGGCUUACUUGUCCGGUAAAUAUUGCACGACUGUAUUGCGAGCAAUUAUAAAUAAUUAUUAAAUACCAACGUCUGUAAAUAAAGUACUUUUAAAGCUCUGUGCCAGAUAAUCUCGAUACAGCCGCGCAAUAACGAACGAACGGACACGAUAUUUAGAAUCGUACCAGCGUUUUCGCGGCAGUCGCGUCGCGACGACUGCAACCGCUCGUUCGACGUUCUCGUAAAGUCAGCGGAGUAUCGUCGAUGGUCGUCGAAAUCGCGACGCGUACCGUCGGCAAAACGCGUUUCCUGUAUCGUAUAGUAUUUCGUCGGGAACGUCGAACGGAGCGCGACCGCCAGACUGAUUUCUUCCGUGACUCGAAGUGCUAUCGUAGACUACCUGUUCACCAUCGAUCGUCUAAAUUUUGUAAAUUACGGGUAAAUCGUUGUGUAAAUAUCGUACGCCUGGUCUGUACAAAGUGCGUGAAUGAGUGUGCGUGUAACACCUAAUCAUCGAUCGUAUUAGCAAUAAACAAAACAUUUGUAAAAAAAAAAAAAAUAAUAAUUACUGUAUUUUGAAUUUCCAUUGCUCCCAUCCACGCUCGAGGCGAUUUUUAACCGACUUCGAAGAGGAGGAGGU